GAUUUCACCUUAUACCUCCAUUGUUCGCGGCAAGCACCCGCCCUCUUCUCAUUUCAUGCAGCAUCAGGCAGUAGAAGAACGUGGAAGUCGUUUUGGUGAGCCAUACACGCAGAAUGAGUUCCAAACGCUACGUUCGUCCUUGUCGCGAAAAUUAGGUCCUGAGUAUGUUUCACGUCGUGCGGGUCCAGGAGGAUUUUCUGUGAGCUAUCUGGAAUCCUGGAAAGCUAUUGAACUUGCAAACGAAAUAUUUGGCUUUAAUGGAUGGUCAUCCAGCAUUCGAAGCAUGAAUGUUGACUUUAUGGACGAAAACAAAGAUAAUGGACGCGUCAGCAUGGGACUAAGUGUUGUUAUACGAGUAACACUGCGAGACGGUUCUUACCAUGAGGACAUUGGUUAUGGAUCCAUAGAUAAUUGCAGAGGAAAAGCUUCUGCCUUUGAGAAAUGUAAAAAGGAAGGGACAACGGAUGGACUAAAGCGUGCACUAAGAAACUUUGGCAACAGCCUGGGAAAUUGCCUAUACGACAAAUAUUACCUGCGCGAAAUUGGAAAAAUGAAACCUCCGCCUUACCAUUUUGACAGUAAUGAGCUAUUUCGAAGAGCUGACGCUGCUUCUUAUCAUACACUUCGUCCAAGACCAUCCUCUUCUAAUGGGCGUGCCUUGAAUUCUACCAAUUCCCCACAAGUGUCCCGCUCAAACGCUUCCCCCCUGCAACAAAACGAAGCCUCUAGAAAGGCUGUUCCUUCCCAUUCCGCUCAUGAACGUAAUGAAAUGAAACCGGGCGAUUCCGGCACGAAAGAGGAUACAUCUCGCGAUAUUGAAAUGUAUGCUGAUGAGGAACUUGACAAAAUUUUCAUUGAAGACGAGGUUAUAGCUCAUUUAGCCGUCUGUGAAGAUGCAGGCAUGAACACGGCUGUUUCAAUUAAGGAACAAGUCAGCAUAUCAGACGUCACUGCCAAUUUAAGUACGAAUCCAAAUAUGUAUGCUCAAGCAAAUCCUACACGUGUGAAUACUGGGAACCCGGCACCUACUGCCUCAUCCGCUCAACGCCGAAAAACGUUUCCCAUGGCUGCGAAAACCGAGGUGUCUAAUACUUCAGCACCUCUUACAACGCCUGCGGCCCAACUCUCGCGGACGAAUUCCGCAUCAGAAGGUCAAGCGCCGUCACAUCCACUCGCACCUCCCGUUAAUAGUGCUACAGCUGCACCUUUCCCCCCAUUGUCUCCCGCAGCUGCACCUGCACCUCCUCAAUUCAUAAGUGCUCGAGCAGCAGCAGCAGCGCAAGGAGUCGCAAGUGCGCCUCCAACAACCACAUUCGAUCCUCAUCGUGAAAGCCCAUCCAUCCGCAAGUCUUCGCUUGUUGAUCACUCUCGGUCUGCUCCAGUUCAACGUGUAGCCAUUCAGCCUACCAAUGGACGAUCAACCACUCCAACUCUACAAGAUCGUCGUAGUCCGCUUGUUCCGAGCAAUAAUACCACGGUCCAUCACACUCCGUCCAUCGAUCACAGCAAACACACACCCGUAACCCGGCCAGCUUUUCGCGGUGUUGGAAUGCCUCCUGGUGCGUCACGAUACCAUAGAACCAGCGGCGCGCAUAAGCGACCAUUGGAGACACCACACAUCUCUCCGUCAACAGACUCGAAAUCGUCAAUUUCCAAAGGUGAUUCACCGAGUGCGAAAACUUCAAACUCUCCAAACAGUGGAGAUAAAAAACCGAAGACCGACACUUGAUGACACUGAACCCACUGCGAAUCUGAUGAAAAGUCUCCGCUGUUCUGUGCAAUUAUUAAACCGUCUCAAUUGUCAUUUCUUUCUUAUUUUCAUGCUGGUGUUGGACAGCACAUUAACCUCUCCAACUGUCCCUCAGCUUUAUCUUUAAUAAAGUUUUUCGCUUAUCGCUUAUUGGAUUGCCACGCUUUCGCUUCCGUCCGUUUCCGUCAA